AUUUGAUCUUCUUCUGAUAUAAAUCUUCCUCCAUUUCUCCAUUCUCCUGUAGAAACUUCCAAGAAUGGCCUCUUCUUCUCCAUCAUCUUCAUGUUCAUCAAUGGAAAAAAUCAACUUCAGAACCAAAGUCCUAAGCAGACACCUCAAUCAUGAUCCCACCGGCGACAAGCCUUUUCUCCAAUCUUCACCAUGUUUAAGUUACACCCCACCAGAGCUCUGUGAGCCCAACUCGUUUUUUGAUGUGAAAUUGAUGAGAAAGCUAAUGGAUGGUCACAAUAUAGAGGAUAGGGACUGGUUGUAUAAUCUGAUUGUCCAAAGUAAGCUAUUUAAUCCUCAAGAAAAAGGGGGAAAAAUCUUCGUGUUACCUGAUUAUAAUCAGUCAAUGGAGCAGCAGAGAGAGAUGACUAUGAAGAGAAUUGAAUAUCUCCUGGACAAUGGGGUCUUUCAAGGUUGGCUAACAAGAAAAGGGCCUGAAGCUGAAUUGAGAAAGUUUGCUUUUUUGGAUGUUGUUGGGAUCUUUGAUCAUUCUCUAGCUAUCAAGAUUGGAGUGCAUUUUUUCUUGUGGGGUGGUGCCAUUCAAUUUUUUGGUACAAAGCGUCAUCAUGACAAGUGGUUGAAGGACACAGAAGAUUAUGCAGUUAAAGGGUGCUUUUCAAUGACAGAGUUGGGCCAUGGAAGUAAUGUUCGUGGUAUUGAGACUAUUACAACUUAUGAUUCAAACACCAGAGAGUUUAUCAUCAACACUCCUUGUGAAUCAGCUCAAAAAUAUUGGAUUGGAGGAGCAGCUAAUCAUGCAACACAUACUAUAGUAUUUUCACAGCUCAAUAUUAAUGGACGGAAUCAAGGAGUUCAUGCUUUUAUUGCCCAAAUUAGAGAUGCAAAUGGAAAUAUAUGUCCCAGUAUUCGUAUUGCUGAUUGUGGUCAUAAGAUUGGUUUAAAUGGUGUUGACAAUGGUCGACUCUGGUUUGACAAUGUCCGAAUACCUAGAGAAAAUUUGCUAAAUUCAGUGGCGGAUGUCUCUCCAGAUGGGCAAUAUCUGAGUGCAAUUAAGGAUCCAGACCAGAGAUUCGCUGCUUUCUUGGCCCCUUUGACUUCUGGACGUGUUACUAUUGCAGUCAGUGCAAUUUACCAAUCAAAGAUUGGCUUAGCGAUCGCCAUAAGAUACUCUUUGACGAGGAGAGCUUUCUCUGUUACACCCAGUGGGCCAGAAGUACUUUUGCUUGAUUAUCCUAGUCAUCAGAGGAGGCUUCUGCCGCUUCUUGCAAAGACGUAUGCCAUGAGCUUUGCUGCUAACUAUCUGAAAACUUUAUAUGUUAAGAGGGCACCUGCAUUGAUCAAAACUAUUCAUAUAGUGUCUAGUGGAUUCAAGGCUGCUUUGACAUGGCAUAACAUGCGAACACUUCAGGAAUGCCGCGAAGCUUGUGGUGGACAAGGUAUGAAGACUGAAAAUCGCGUUGGUCACCUGAAGGGUGAAUAUGAUGUGCAAUCUACUUUUGAGGGUGACAACAAUGUUCUUAUGCAACAGGUUAGUAAGGCACUCUUGGCAGAAUAUGUAGCGGCAAAAAAGCGGAAUAAACCAUUCGAAGGGUUGGGUUUAGAGCACAUGAAAACCUUCCCUGUUAUGCCUUCUCAGCUAACUAGUACUGUCAUGAGGAGCAUUGACUUCGAGCAUGAUAUGUUAUGUCUAAGAGAGAGAGACCUAUUGAACCGUUUUGCUUCUGAAAUUUCACAACGCCAAGCACAAGGAGAGAGCAAAGAACACGCUUUUGUAAUGAGCUAUCAGCUCGCUGAAGACUUGGGCAGAGCAUUCUCCGAUCGGGCAAUUUUUCAAACUUUUGUGGAUGCUGAGACUAUUGUAACGGAUGCCACUCUUAAGAGUAUAUUAGGUCUUUUGAGAUCCAUGUAUGCCCUCGUUACCUUGGAAGAAGACUCUGCGUUUCUCCGAUACGGCUUCCUGUCAGUAGACAAUGCUGCAGCAGUGAGAAAAGAAGUUGCAAAGCUUUGCGGGGAACUGAGACCGCAUGCACUUUCGUUAGUCAGCUCCUUUGGCAUUCCUGAUGCGUUCUUGAGCCCUAUAGCUUUCAAUUGGUUAGAGACAAACUCUUGGUCCUCUGUUCAACACUAGCUUCUUGUACGUGAUAAUAUUUGCAUGUACUGAGGAAAAAUCGAAACAUCUCUGGCUCAUAUCGUCAGCCAAUAAACUUCUCUUGGAUUCAAUGAAUGAAGACCUUGUAGUGUAUGUAUUAUAUUCGCAAUAUUCGGUUGACUGUGUUGUUUAACA